AUGUCAUUCGGUUUAACGUAUGCACCAGCAGCUCUCAUGGACUUUAUGAAUAGGGUCUUCAAGCCUUAUCUUGAGUUGUUCGUUAUCGUGUUUAUUGAUGCAAUCUUGAUUUAUUCUCGUAGCGAGACUGACCAUGCAGAACAUCUCAGAAUUGUGUUGCAGACACUGGAGGAUCACAAGCUAUAUGCAAAAUUUUCUAAUUGUGAAUUCUGGUUGAAAUCAGUAGCAUUUUUGGGCCAUGUCAUCUCAGGGGAAGGCGUGAAGGUGGACAUUCAGAAAAUAGAGGCAGUGAAGAAUUGGCCUAGACCCACCUCACUAUCCGAUAUAAGAAGUUUCUUGGGUCUAGCAGGCUAUUAUAGGCGUUUCGUAGAUGGAUUUUCUUCUAUCUCGUCCCCUUUGACUAGAUUAACUCAGAAGAAAGUCAAGUUUCAAUGGUCGGACGCGUGCGUGAAAAGUUUUGAGGAGUUAAAGAAGAGGCUGGCUUCAGCUCCAGUCCUGACACUACCGGAAUGA